UUUAAGAGAUAAACCUGAGUACCCAGAAAGGGUUUAUCGUUUACCAGUAGAAAGAAGCUAAAACUCUCUCAUCUCAUUGCAACUACAAAUCUCCACCUAUUGUUUUCAAAAGCAACAGGUUGGAAGCGGUCUUUAGGAGUCACACAAUAGCAAGUAUCGACUAUUUAAAUAAAAUCAUUUGAUUCAUAUUCCGAGUUAAUUUGAAGCUGAUUUGAUGAAGUCAAAAUACAAGCCGUUUAAUCUUUAUCCAAUGUCUGAGGUCCGUUGAUUUUGUCACUAUGUUUUCCAUGAUUGUAGUGAGAAUCCAGCUCCCGAAAGGUUAUGCUUAUGGCAAUUGAGGAGGUGAAUAUGUUGGUUUUCUUAUGAUGUCUUUGAAUUUCAUAAAAUUUUGCAGAUUUAUUAUAUUUAAAAAGUGAAGCACUUUUGAAUAUAAAAAGAUACCUGCCAUGGCAAGCUUGUUGACAACAUCAAUCUUCACAUAUUCUCCUGUCAACAAUGGUUCAAGGAGUUAUAGAAAGUCAAGUAACUCUUCUAUACGAGGGUGUUGCGUAAAAGCAAUGAAGUCAGAGAAAUCCUUGGAAGAAUUAUACAAUGUCAAAGUGGAAAGAAAAGUUUCACCUGAAAAACUAGCUCAGCUAGAAGUUUCAAGAUGGUCAGUAUGGAAGACCGGAAAAAGCCAGUUGCCAUGGGAUUGGCAGGUAGACCAACUGGUGUACAUAGAAGAAGGUGAAGUGAGAGUUGUUCCUGAAGGGAGCAAGCGUUUCAUGCAAUUUGUUGCCGGAGACUUAAUCCGGUAUCCAAAGUGGUUCGAGGCUGAUCUCUGGUUCAAUGGUCCAUAUCAAGAACGUUAUAGUUUCCGAGCAUAUGGUGAUGACUAACGAUGCUGCUGCAUUAUGGUCACGUAUUAGUAAUCUGUUCAUGUUCUUUGGUUGUUAUUAUCAAAUAGUUGUUUUGUAGUUUUCAGAUACUAAAUGUACUGCCUUUUGUUACCAACAUUCUCUUCGAAUGUAAUUUCAAUUUCGAAAUUGUGCA